AUGGCGUCUCUCCACACUUCCAUCAUGUUGUUUGUGUCGUACGUCUGUCUGCUACUGAGUGUGCCAGUGGCCUUGGUCAAUGCUGUCCCUACGUCCGGGUCUGUCGAAGCGACAUCGCAUCUGGCGGUGCGCGCUUCCGACUACUGGGUUGGAACCAUCAAGCGUCAGGGCACUGUGCCCUUUGGCAACACCACGAGCAGCUAUGCAAUCUACCGCAACGUCAAGGACUAUGGUGCCAAGGGUGACGGAUCUACCGAUGAUACUGAUGCGAUCAACAAGGCCAUCUCCUCUGGUGGCCGCUGCGGUUCCGGUUGUGACUCGUCUACCACCACCCCGGCCCUGGUGUACUUCCCCGCCGGUACUUACGUGGUGUCUAAGCCCAUUGUGCAGUACUACUACACCCAGAUGGUGGGCGAUGCCAACGAUCUGCCUGUCCUCAAGGCUGCCUCGAGCUUCAGCGGUAUGGCCGUCAUUGAUGCCGACCCCUACGACAGCAAUGGCGACAACUGGUACACCAACCAGAACAACUUCUUCCGUGCCGUUCGCAACUUCGUCAUUGAUCUGACCGCUAUGCCCGCUUCCUCGGGUGCUGGUAUCCACUGGCAGGUCGGCCAGGCCACCAGUCUGCAGAACAUCCGCUUUGAGAUGGUCAAGGGUGGCACCAACAACAAGCAGCAGGGUAUCUUCAUGGACAACGGAUCCGGUGGCUUCAUGUCCGACCUGACCUUCAACGGCGGUAACUACGGUGCCUUCUUCGGUAACCAGCAGUUCACCACUCGCAACCUGACCUUUAACGACUGCAACACCGCCAUCUACAUGAACUGGAACUGGGCCUGGACCUUCAAGUCCGUCUCUAUCAACAACUGCCAGGUCGGCCUGAACAUGUCCGCCUCUCCGUCCAACCAGACCGUGGGGUCCGUCCUGAUGCUGGACAGCACGUUCACCAGCACCCCUACUGGUGUUGUGACUGCCUUCAGCAGCGACAGCAUUCCCACCGGUGGCGGUGCCCUGGUCCUGGAAAACGUCGACUUCUCCGGCUCAACAGUUGCCAUUGCAAGUGUGAACGGCGACACUAUCCUCAAGGGUGGGUCCGUUGUCUCGAACUACGUGCAGGGCAAUGUCUACACCCCGGGCAGCAGCAGCAGCAACAGCAAUAACAACAGCACCGUCACCAAGCGCUCCCCUGCCGUUCAGGCCGAGGAUGUUCAGGUGAUUACCCAAACUAUCACCGAGACCAUCACAGCCUGCGGUGCCGACUACGCCACUGAAACUGCUGCGGGUUCGUUCGGAAUUGCCUCUGACGUCGGAGCGGAGGGUUCGACUACGACCGCCGCUGGUGGUGUGGUGCCUCUGUCAUCCAUGUCUGUGCAGUACCCGGCCGCUGGUAGCUACAGCUGGGAAGGUUUUGACAGCGAAACCUCUCAGGCCACCACGGCCCCCAACGAGGCUUCUGUCCCUGCUGCCGGAACUUCUGCUGGUUCGACUCCUGCUGAGCCUACUUCCCAGUCGGCCGGUGCCUCCGUCGUCGCCCAGGGCUCCGGCUCUGCCACGGCUGCUACCAGCACCUCGUCUUCCGGCUCCUACUUCGGUACUUCCAGCAACUCCACCGGCCAGUGCUCAACCAAGACCGUCACCAAGACCCGUAUCGAGACCACAAUUCCCUCCCAGGCUAUGGCCAGCUCUCUUCUUACCAGCUCUGGCAGUGUCUUCGAGAAGUCCAAGCCUUUGUACGGGUCGUAUGCCGCUUCGUCCUUCGUCAGCGUCAAGUCGGCCGGUGCCAAGGGUGACGGUACCACCGAUGACACGGCUAUCAUCCAGAGCGUCCUGAACAACGCCACCGAGGACCAGAUCGUGUACUUCGACCACGGUGCCUACAUCAUCACCGAUACCAUCAAGGUUCCCAAGAACAUCAAGAUCACUGGUGAGGUGUGGCCCAUGCUCAUGGCGUAUGGCGACAAGUUCUCCGACCAGAAGAACCCUAUCCCCAUGCUCCAGGUCGGUGAGGCCGGUGAGUCUGGCUCCGUUGAGAUCAGUGACCUCGUCCUGGAGACUAAGGGCCCCGCUCCCGGUGCCAUUCUGGUGCAGUGGAACCUCCAAGCUGCUUCCCAAGGCUCUGUUGGUAUGUGGGAUGUCCAUGCCCGCAUCGGUGGCUCUGCCGGCACUCAGCUUCAGUCCGACACUUGCGCGAAGACCCCCAGCCAGACCACCACACCCAACGAGAAGUGCAUUGGCGCCUUCCUCCUCUUCCACGCCACCCAGAACGCCAGUGUCUACCUGGAGAACACCUGGUUCUGGACUGCUGACCACGACCUUGACGCUUCCGGCCACGGACAGAUCAACAUUUACAACGGUCGCGGUAUCCUCCUCGAGAGUCAGGGCCCUGCUUGGCUGUAUGGCACGGCUGCCGAACACAACCAGCUGUACAACUACCAGGUCUCCAACGCCAAGAACGUCUUCAUGGGCUUGAUCCAGACCGAGACCCCCUACUACCAGGCCAAUCCCAACGCCCUGACUCCCUUCACCCCGCAGACCUCCUGGUCCGACCCCGACUUCUCGUAUUGCACGACCGACUCCUGCCGCAAGGCCUGGGGUCUCCGUAUCAUCAACAGCUCCGAGACCUACAUCUACGGUGCCGGUCUCUACAGCUUCUUCGACAACUACUCGCAGACAUGUCUGGCCACGGAGUCUUGCCAGGAGAACAUUGUUGAGGUGGACUGCUCCGACGUGCACAUCUACGGGCUGAGCACCAAGGCCAGCACCAACAUGAUCACGUCGUCCAGCGGCGAUGGCCUUGUCCCGCAAGAAGGUAACGAGAGCACAUACUGCUCGACGAUCGCCUUGUUCGAGCAAUCGUCAUCGAUUUAA